AGCAUCAAACACACCCACCCACAUAUACAUAUAUAUAUAUAGGCACCCCUUCACACAUAUUAUCAAACGGCAAGAGGCGACACCUCCCUGUCAGUCCCCGUCGACGCGGAAGGGCCAAAAACACAGCGUCUUCUUUUAUAGAGAGUGCGUGAGUGUGUGUGUGUAUGUAUACAGCGGUAUCUUCUCAAGUUAUGGAUAACGUCCCACGAGUCCCACCACGGCCGUCCAGACGCGAAGGCGACCCCCAUGUCGCCACCCGCAGCAGCCAAGCUCCCGUCACCAUCUUUGCCGCCAGCAGCGGCAGCAACAGCAAUAACAACAGCAGCGGCGGCGGCGGCAGCGGACUGUCCACCCCACCCCCAGCCCCUGCAUCCGCCCACUCCUCCUCGACGGAGCGCUUGCUGAGGAACAUCGAAGAAACCAGCGACCUUCUCCGUACGUUUCGCCUUCUGAAGGAGCGCGGGGCGAGCCGUGACGAGCUCUCCGCCCUGCACGCCCGCGUGCGCGGCUUAAAAGCGUCGCAGGCGCGCCAAACAGCGGCGGCGGCGUUGUCGUCCGACAAACCCGUCACCUCGACACCUCGACUCGGUGCCCCUUCUGUGCCUAUACGCACGCUGGCUGCAACCCAUCCGAUAGUCCCAGUCCAGAGAGACUCGAACACUCCGUCGACAGCAGCUUUCGCCGCGCCACCGUCCGCGUCACAUCACCAUCCGCACCACCAUCGUACGCAUCACACCGACCCCAAUAGCAGCGACGUGCGGCUGCCAUCGCGGCCAGACAAGGCGCAUGGCAGACUCUAUGCGGCUCCUUCUCCACAGGGCGUACAAGCACCACACGCAGCGGCGUCACCAACCCUCGCAGCUUCCACACGUGUCCCGGCUGUUGCUGCUGUUGCUGCUGCUGCCGCCGCGGCCCCGCUACACUCGAUCGUGUUCGCGAUUGUCCUGGCGGAAUCACACACGCGUCGCGAACUCCUGCACAAGUGGGAGCGGCGACUGCUGCGGUAUUGGGCUGACUUUAAGGAGGAACGGGUCGCCAUCGCACUGCGGCCGGUGGCACAGCCGCCGUUGCGAUGGCUGGGGGAUGUCGGCGUGCGUCACACUGCUACCACUGCCACUGCCACCAGCAACCACCACCACGACGACAGUGCGGUGCAUCGGCCGCUGGCACUGCAGGAACGUACGGCUGUGACGGCUCCGUCCACACAACAGCAGGAGCAGGAGGAGGAGGGCACAACGACGACGGCGGCUAGAUAUCUGAAAAUUCCACCGGUUGUGCCACCACAGCUCAGCAACGAAGCGGCGAGAGCAACGCCCUCGAUACCGGUUGCCGCGGUCGCAUCGAACGCCACAGGCGAGGCUGAGGUGAAGGUUCAUCACCAUCAUCCACACGAACCCGCUCUGCCCUUGCCGGUGCCUGCUGCUCCACCCAGUCAAGCGCAGGCUCUGCCGGUGCCUCUUCCUGCCGUCGCCCCUACGCUCCCCACGCCCACGACAACGAAGGUCCCGACUACCGCUACCACGACUACGACUACUUCACCUCCUUCGGCUCCUCCUGGGCCAUCCAUCGUACCCCUGCCGUCCUCAGCGCAGUCGGCGGACGACGCGGUCAAACGUAACGCAGCGGCGGCAGCAGCAGCAGCAGCAGUUGAACGUGUGCAGGCCGACCUCAUCGCAGCUCAGAGAGAGGCCAUCGAGGCGGCGGCUGGCAUCGCAGCCGCGGAAGCGGCGGCACGGCGGACGGUUCUGCAGGCGGCGGCGGCAGCGACCGCACGGGUGCAAGCGGUGGCCGAGCGCAGACGGCGCGAAGAGAUGGAGCGCGCAAAAGCGAUGCAGCUGCGCGCCCAGCAGGAAGCCGCAGAAGCAGAAGCAGAAGCCGCGCGGAUCAAGGCGGAAGAGGACGCUGCCGAAGCGCUCCGCAGCGCCGAGGACGAGGAGGCCGACGACCGCCGCGCCGUCGAGGAUGCGGAGGGCGAUGCGCGCCGCCAGCUGAAGCAGGACGCGGAUGACGCACACGCCCGCGCUGCUGACGCAGAAGCCGCACGUUUGAAGGCGGAGGAGGAACAGGCUGCAACGCGUGCCACCGAAGCUGCACGACUCCAAGCGCAACAAGAAGCGGCAGACAGGGGUGCCCGUGUGCACCUCGACAGCGAGCAGCACGCAGCGCGAUCGGCAGUGGAAGACGAGGAGAGCGGUGCCCGCGUACAGUUAUUGCGCCACGCUGCGAACAACAGAAAGGCGGCGGGGAUCGCAGCGGAGAGGCGCGCGGCGCAUGAAGACGCGCUGCUGGCGGCAGCAGCGAAGGCAGCAGAGGAGGUGCGGGUCCAACGUGAAGGAGCGCUGCUUAUCAGCUCCCUUGAGCACCUCACGAACUCAUUACAAGACGAGUGGAUCAGCGAUGCUGCAGCGCAGGCGGUGUCGAGGGCAGCCGCGCGAGAGCGAAGGGCGAAGGAAGAGGAGGAGAGACGCAAAGCCGAAGAACAGGAAGAACGUGAAAAGGCUGCUCAUCGCAAGGCUGAAGAAGAUGAAGCGACUGCCGAGGCUGCACGUGCAGCGGUGGAGAAAGACGCCGUUGAUGAUCGCCGCGCCGUCGAGGACGCGGAGGGCGAUGCGCGCCGCCAGCUGAAGCAGGACGCGGAUGACGCAUACGCCCGCACUGCUGACGCAAAAGCCGCACGUUUGGAGGCGGAGGCGGAGGAGAACGCUGCGGAAGCUGCACGAGUCGAGCGGGCGAAGGACGCCGCCACACACGAGGAAAAACGUCAGCGAGUGGACGCCGCUGAAAACGUUUCCGCCGCUCUCCUGGACGGGUGGCUUCGCGAUGCCGCCACCACCGCUGCGGAGGCGGGGGCACGAACGGUCCUUGUCGCGAAGGAACAAGUCGAGGCGGAGCGGAUCACGCGUGAUUCGCUGGAGGCUGAGGAGGUGGCGGCACGGGCAGAGGUAACAGGACGCGAGCGGCGUGAGCUCGGUGAGUGUUGUAAAACAACAGCGGUGCAGGCGGCACCGCGAGGAGAUGGAAGUGCGGCGUCAUCUUCGAAGCACGCCGCGGAUGCCCAGCGGAACGUCGAAGAGGCGAGCAGUGCCGCCCACACACCGACAUCGUCCUCCGCCGCUUCUUCUACAUCUUCGGUCGCCUCCUCGCCGUCUUCCUCGUCGUCGUCUGCGCUGCGGAAGCGGUUGUCUGCGCCGGAUGUUUUUGUGCAGUUUGCGGAUGACUUCCUGGCGGGCAUCAUUCACCAAGCAGCGGAAGGGCUCGAGCAGCGACCGCAACGCAAGGACGGAGAAGCUUGUGUCGCAGGGGAUGUACACGCCGCCCCUGCAGCCCUCGUCACGCGCGAAGACAGGCAGGCGAGUAGUGGGGCAAAACACUUGGAUGCGGUGCAGCCGCAGUCGGAGCGCGACAACGCUACGGACUCCGCCUCUGCACGGACGUCACCCUCGAGUGUCUCGCUCGCCUCGAACGCCAGCACCUCGGAAUCGGUGCCGCCGCGCGCGGAGCAGCCGUCGCCGCUGGCCCCACCGGCGCUCGUGACGGCUGCUGCUGCUGCUGCUGCUGCUGCUGCUGAGGCGGCGCUUGGUGCUGUUGAGCGGACCGACUCCUCUGUCACUUCGCAACACAAAGCUAGGAGAGGGGAGACGGAAGUGGAAUUGAAGGAAGCUGCACAUGCACAGGCCUCGGCGGACAUCGUCAUUACCUCGCCACCACCACAGUCAGAGCCAAGAGCGUCAUCUUCCCUCACGUCCAACGACGCUGACGUACCGGCCGCUGACGCAGCGCAUUCGAGUAGUGGCGAAGCAACACCGUCUGAAGCGACAGAGACGACGAGUCGCUCGCCUCAUGCCGCCACACCCACCUCAGCUGCUCCGCACGGCCAACAACACCAGCAGCAGCAGCUUUUGUUGCAGCGGGAGGCAUUGCAGGCCGUCCCCGCCGGCGGCACGUGCUUCUCGUCGCCGAUGCGGUCGCUCUCUAUGAAUUCGUCUGCUGCUGGCGAUGCCGAUGGCGACGGCGAUGGGGAGGAAGAGGAGGCGUCGGCUGCGAUGCCAGCGCAGGGGGUGCAGCGGCCAUUGAACCUUACCCCACCGUCAGCCCGCGUCCUCUCUCCGCUGAUUACGGCAGCGGACGACGCACCCGAGACAGCAGCAGCAGCAGCAGCAGCAGCAGCAGGGGUGGACAAGGAAGGCGAAGCGGAGAAGAACGCGCUGCUCCCUAGCUCAAUCCAAGGUGAUGGGGCUCGGCAAUCGUUGCAGGUGUCCGCUGACGCACCGCACGGCGAGCACUGCGAUCGUACUGCUGCCGCUGCUCCUCUUCUUCCUUUGCAUGCAGCUCCCCGCCAAGGCAGUGGCAGCGGAGGAGGGGCGGCAGAAGCGGAUAUGGGCUCCUCCGCGAUUGCGGAGGACUGGAAGACGCUCGACCUCGACGCGUCCACCAUCACCACCACGGCGCCUGCCUUUACGGUGGAGGCGUUGGAGGCGGCCUCGGCGCACAUGACGACGAUGCUGAUCCACGACGCAGUGCGGCUGCUCCCGACGAAAGAUAACCACUACCCCUAUGCGCUGCUCACCUCUUCGCCAAAGGAGGGCGGCGGCGGGUUGAGCGGGGAGUGGCACUACGCGCCGUCCUUGUCGCCGGAGCGGCUGGAUCGGGUCCGACCCCUCUCCCCCUCCCACGCGCUGACUCUUUCACCAGAUGGCAACGACCACGUGGAGAGGGGUGUGACCGGCCAGGUCGGCAGCAGUGGUAGCAACAGCAGUAGCAAUAAUAGUAGCAGCACCAGCAGUGGUGGGACCUCGAACGCGGCUGCCAGCACAGGCGACGAUGGCGAGAGGCACGCGGACAAGAAGCACGCCACCACCAGCAGCAGCAUCAACGACCUCGGGCCGGGAUUUACACGGUCCGACGCACAGGAAGGGCUGCCCCUCUCCCCGCGUGCGGCGUCGUCGCUGACGCCGCUCGUCGGGGCACCGACAGUGGCGCCCGGCGUCGCGAGCGGGGAGGGCCGCAGCGACCUCGCGAGCCUCACCACGCUGGUCACCGCCGUGGCGACGCCGAACGACUUCGUUGAGCAGCUCCGGCAGCAAGAGGAAGCCAAAAAAGAAAACGCCUAUCAGCAGAACCGGUACCUGUCCACACGAGAGCUCGCGCUCAUCGCGGCGGAGUACCUGACGUCGGAGGUGGCCGCAGGGCAGCUGGCGGCGCUCGGCCCACCAGCGGUGCUGACGGCACGCGCCAUCGCCCUCGUGCUGUCGGUCGGCCUCGUGCAUCGCGUCACGGUGGCGAACCGACACGCCCGGCGACGUGUGGAGGCGGCAAAGGCGGCGGCCGCGUCCAGAGCGGAGAAGAGCGGCGCAGCGACAACAUCCGCGCACACCGCGGGUGCGUGUGUCGGGCGUCCAAGUGACACGCUGAACGGCGAGUUCCCUGCCUCGGAGGACGUGAAUGCAGAGAGCGAGUCGGACGACGAGGAUGAAGUCGCCCCCUCCUCUCCGAGUCUGGGCCGUCGUGGGUUUGGUGGCGUGGCUGGCGAAUUCGCCUUCGCAGGAAAGGGAAAGGCAGGUGGUUUCGCGAAGGGUGAUGGUGCGGACGAAGACGGCGGUGGCGAGUGUGGGUUCCCGACCGGCGGCGCUGGCGGCACGACUGUUGGGAAAGAGAACCCAAAAGGAAGUGAGGCCUCGAACUGCUCCAAGCAGUUGCCCCCUUCUGUGAUGUCCUCCUCCGCGCCCCUCCGCUUCUCCACUGGAGCAGCCGCGAAGGCAUCGGCAGGCAGCGGCAGAACCUCUCCACCGCCACCAGCGCCUACCAACUCACCGAUCAUCACGGCGCUAGCACCUGAGGGAUCUGCGACGAAGGCACCGCCAGACGCCACGGCGCCGCGCAAACUUCCGCUGGAUUGGAUUGCCGGACUGCGCGGAGUUGCGGAGCGCAUCGCCCGUGAUUUUAUGGAUUACGCAUCCCGUUGUCUCCUGCUGAGUCAGGGCGAGGGGCAGUCCUGUCAAGACCACCUGCGCACGGCCAACGCGGUGCUGCGCGACGCGCUGGCGCGGGUGAACAUCAACGCCCUCCUCACGCAGGAGCUACGAGCGCGGGAUGUGGCACGGCUGACGGUGUACUACCUCGACCUGGCGAUGAACGGGGCAGAGGAUCGGGCAGACCCGCUCUAUGCCCCUGCCGCGCUGGGCGAGCACAACAUGUUUGGCCGCCGCAGCAGCGGGGAUGUAGAGGAAGGCGGUGGCUCCGCCGGCAACUCCUUUCCGGGUGGCGGGGACCGGAGUGUGUCCUUCAAGAGCGGUGACAGUGCGGGGAAUUCGAUGGCCGCCCUGUCCUCUCUCUUUGCGUCGUCGCCCUUUGCCCCGCCGCUGCACCCCCGCAACGAAACACUCCUGACGGCGGCCACGGCCAUUCACGUGCGGCGCGGAGGCUUAUCGCAGCUCGUCUUCGAGCACUGUGUAUCGAACGUGAUGAGUGAUUUGAUCGGGGACACGGUCGGCUGGCUGGGCACCGCCCUCCUGCAGCCGUCUGCCCCCUCUGCGGACGCGUCGCGGCGAUCAUCGUAA